ACCCACUCCCUGCUUAAUUAGUGGAUGCGUUGGCAACGCCGCCGCGCCCAGGCGUUGCCCACCUUAGAUUAGAUAGUGCACAGGUAAAUAAACGCCAGUGCGAUGGCCAGGGACCGGCUGCAGGAGCUCAGACAGAAAGCAACCAACCAACAGGCCAAUGGGGCGGCGCCCAGCGACGAAGAAGCCCAGCCCUUGACGGCGCCUGAUUUGCUGGCAACGCUGGAAUGGGCGGAGGUGCUGCGCCAAUGGGUGGAGACUAUCGAGGAGAACGUGGGCGCCCUCAGGGCGCACCUGCGCCAAGUCGAGGACUUCAACACUGAUCAGCGAGCGCUCAACGAGAAGAUCGACGCCCUCUUCCAGGCCAAUGCGAGCGUUGCGCAGCGCGUGCACGCGAAGCUGCGCAGCUUCGAGGCGCAGCUGGGCGACGCGCGGUCGGCGGCCGGGCGCAUCCAGCACAUCCAAUACAACACGCUGAAGGCGCGCUUCCAGACGGCCUUUGCGCAAAGCAACGCGCAGCUGGAGCAGCUGCGCCACGUGAAGAAGGCGCAACUGGAGGCGCAGCUGCGCGCCAAGGGCGUGCGCAUCUCGGAGGCGGAGCUCGAUCAGCUGCUCCACGAGGGCGGCGACCUGCAGGUCUUCACUGAAAACAUUCUGGCGGAAACUGCCGAGGCCAAGCGGGUGCUGCAGGACCUGGAGGAUCGCCAUCAGCAGCUGCUGAAGAUCGAGCGCAUGCUGGCCGACGUCCGCGAUCUGUUCCUGCAGAUGGCGAUCCUGAUCGACGACCAGCAGGAGGUGAUCGAUCGGGUCGAGUACCAGGCGGAGUUGGCGCAGGACUUUGUGGGCCGGGGGCGGGACGACCUGAAAAAGGGGCGGGACAAGCGCAGCAAGUACCUCAAGACGAAAAUCAUCGUGAUCGUCGCCCUGGUGCUGCUCACCAUCAUCAUUCUGGCGCUGAUCUUCAAGUGACUGGCCGGUUUUGUUCAGAAUCAAUCACGUUUUAUUAAAAUUAAAUAAAAAUCAUCGUAAUCGCA